UCACACUGAGCUGUCAGUCUUGUUUCGACACACAUCUGAUCUGAUCCGGAGUCAGAGGAAGGACUGGAGGAUUUCCACUUUGACCCACCAGCAGUCUCCUAGGCCGUACGCACGCACAGCACCGUCCAGCACUGUCCAGAAGAUGUUACGGCGAAAGCCCUCCAAUGCCUCGGAGAAGGAGCAGGUGCCGGGCCAAAAAAAGAAGCUGACCCUGCAAAGGUCCAGCAGCUUCAAAGACUUCAUGAAGCCCAAGCCGUCCUCUCCUGUGGUGGCAGACCCAGAAGCUAUCCUGGAUGAGACCGCUGAGGGGCCAGGCCAUGAGGACACUGGAAAAAGCAAACCAGGGAAGUGGAGGAAAAUCAUCACCCGCACCAUGACUCGCAAAACAUCCAAGAUGGUCCAGAAAGCUCUGGCAGAGGAAGGAAUGGACAGUGGGGAGGAUGGGCCCGUGUCUCCAGCGUCCGGUGACUUCACUCCUGAUCUGACUCCAGGACAACGCACCUCUGUCUGCUCCAACGGCUCUGGGGACACCCUGCACAGUCCGCUCUCUCGACAGAUCUCAGGAUGUGGCGGGGACAGACAGAGUCUGGACAGCGGCUACAGCCAGCGAGACAGCAUGAAGCUGGACGACGGCACGGCGGCCCCAUACAACGGGCCCUUCUGUGGCAAAGCGCUCGUGCACACCGACUUCACCCCCAGCCCCUACGACUUUGAGUCCCUGAAACUGCAGAAAGGUGACAUCAUUCAGAUCAUUGAAAAGCCUCCAGUUGGCACUUGGACGGGCAAACUCAACACCAAAGUGGGCUCCUUCAAGUUCAUCUACGUGACCGUCAUGGCCGAGGAGAUCGCUCCGGCCAAGAGGAAGCGGUUCUCCAGCCAGGACCGCCGCAACAAACCCAAACCCAAAACCCUGGAGGAAGUCCUGGACAAAAUCGGCCUAACCGACCUGGGCUCCCUGUUGUCCAUGCAGGGCUUCACGUCUCUGGAGGACUUUGGCAGUCUGAAGGAGUCCCACCUGAAUGAGCUGAACAUCACUGACCCCGAGCACCGCACCAAGAUACUGACCGCCGUGGAGAUGUUGCACGAUUAUGAUGGUGAGUCUGAUGUGGAGGAAGAGGAAAAGACAGAGGAGAAGCCUGAGGUUCCACGGGACUCUGGGUGUUUCGAGAGCACCGAGAACCUGGAGAACGGACGUGAAGAGCCGGAGACAGAACCGCAGGCUGAAUCGGCUCCAGAUGUGGAGAAGGAGCAGGAGAACGAGCUCGAGGACGUGGAGGAGCAACUGCAAGACCUGGCCCUGGAGGGUUCCUGAACAGCAGAACCUUCACACCAGGAGAACCUGCAGAACCUUCGACUGGAACCCUCUGGGAAUAUUCAGCAAUUUUCCUGUGGGAAAAAGGCAUUGCUUGUCAUGAGAAGCACGUCAGAGUGCAACGUGAGCCGAGAUGAUGUUCCCAUGAACAAUGAAAACUGAGAUUUCUACUCAUACUUUGCUCAUUUGUACAUUCGCAAGUUUUAUGCAAAGCUUUGAUACUUUGAGCACGGUGGAUUUGAAUGAACAUGAAACAUGAAAGUAUGGAUGUGUAUGAAUUAUGUGCUUUACUCUAAACUCUGAGCAUUUCUUUGUCUGUCUGAUAUACAUGUAUAUACUGUAUGCCCAUUGUUAUAGGUACUCUCUCUUCAUCCAUUUUAAAGUAAUGUGGCUAUACUGGAUACUGCCCUAAAUCUGUGACUGUGCUAUUGUUUUAUUGGGGGGCAAAAAUUGCCUUUUUUUGUUUUAAUUUGUUGUUAUUUUUUUCCUACUGUUUUAUUGCAGUGGUGUAUUGUUUGACUUUAGUCUACAUUUUACAUUACUUAAAAUGGACUGUUUGAUAUUGAAUGUGAGUUCAGAAAAUUGUUACAGGAGUAUUGCACCUGUUUUGUUUACCUUUCUCUGCUUCCCAUGCUAUAAAGUGUAGCACUCUGUACAAAGCUGAAUAUCAACUUCAAUAAUCAAUGAUGUGUCAUACAGUAUGGUUUGUUGACUGCAAGGUGUGUGAGGUGCACUGUAGGUGUCAUUUUGUUUCAAGUGGAUGUAAGUUUCCAGUUUCAGAGGUUGGGAAAAAUAAUGAUUGUAACUAACUGGAUUUUCUUUACGCUGGCUGGAAUAAUAUUGUUGAAUAAAAAAAACAUAAAAAAUCUA